AUGUCUACAUCAGCGGGGUCAGCUGCCAUUCUUUCUAUCAUCAGACAUGUGACGGUAAGCAAAUGGGACAAAGUUGCUAGCCGUCUAGAGGCGAUUGAUGGCCAUGUGCGUGAUGCCGAAGCCGCAAUCCAAUACAAGGAGGGUCAAGACGACAACCGCAAAUUAGAGGCUGAUGUGCUUAUGCUGCUGGCAACCGUACGCAAGGCAUAUGCUGGGGCCCUCGAUUCACCGGUCCAAGGUCAUGGAUCAGUUAAUCAAAGAGGCAGAAGGGGACAUAUGGGAAGAGGAGGAGGGCGAGGACGAGGACGAGGUGGCAUUGGCGGUGCGGGCACUGGUGGUCCAGCCGUGAGACUUCGAGAUCGACUUGUCAUGAUUGAACGCAUGCUUUGGGAAGCAAAGUACUCGUCAGUCUUCUCCAAAUCCGCCGCGUUGGCAUGGCGCAAUGAGUUGCUGGGCUAUCUUCGGCAGCGUCAGCGCCGGAUGGAAUACACAGCUCUCUUCGGCCAUCUGACCAACGAGUGGGCAGAGUUUCGUUUCGGUGAGUUGUCCGCGGCAAAGGAGUUGGAAAAGUCUGAAGCCGUGGCCGUGGGCCGCAAGGAGAUGUACGAACAGCGUCAAACUUGGGAACGACAUGUCACCAACGAGCGUCGGACGGACACGGACAAAAUUGUCAACUUUCUGGACGAACUAUUUCACUCUGGACCGCGGUACGAAGACAAGUUGGUGGGUGAACCAACGGACUUGCGUGCCAUACUUUUGCGCAACUUGCGACGAGAGUUCUUUUCCUCGUGUAGAAACAAGAUGCAAGUGACGACGUCAACGGUCAGAGACGCCAUACGUGGUGUUCUCAGCGCCGAUCAGCUCACCAGUGAGAAACGACGUGCGAUGCUCGAUAUAAGCGACAAAGUCAAUGUCUUGUCAGAGAUUGCAGAUAUCCUCAACAUCGACACGAACCUGGAGUCGAUCAAACGCUGGUCUUGGGGCGAGAACCCCAUCACGGUGCAGAUGCGCAAGGCUAUUAACGGGAAAUAUCACGUACAUCUCGAUUUGGAGCUUCUUGAUGCCAUUCUUAUCGAGUGUAUCGGUCAACACGUCUCGUUGAACAUCGGGAGUGUAUUGCAAAAAGCGUGGUCGUCUGAAGUCCGGGACGUGUGGAUGCAACCAUCGGACGAAGGGAGAAACGCGGCGAUGCAGGCGCAAAUAGAGGACUACGGGAGCCGCAAGUCUGGUAACUCAGUCUACGACCUGCGUCACAGAAUAUACCAAAACGCCUUCUUUGCCGCCCAGCUGCCAACGUACACAGGAGACGUGGGUAACUCAUACGACCCAUGCAGCCGACCUAUCGACAAUGGACCUAGGUUUACCGACUUGGUAAACGGAGCACCAAACAGAACUACGCUGAGAAGCAAUAUUCUGAACCUUUGUUCUGCCGAGAUGGCCAUCCAGAAGCUUGUCCACGGCCAGUUCUGUAUCUUGCAAAGCGACUUUGAGUGGUUUGGUCCGUCGCAACCACACUCUACACUGCUCGCCAUCAUGAAGUACUUUCACUUCCCAGGCGAGCUAGUGCACUUUGUUGAGGCGUUUCUGAGCAUGCGAAUGAGGUUUGAGGAGGAUGGCAGCAAUGGCCCCGUCUUGACUCGGCGGACCGGCACCCCGAUAUCCUUCCAGCUCACGUACGGCAUAUCCGAGCUGAUGUUGUUCACGCUGGACUUUGCCGUUAAUCAGCGAACUGAAGGGACGCAUCUGUACCGCAACCACGACGACCUCUGGUUCUGGGGCCAGCCAGAGAAGUGCGUGGUGGCCUGGGACACAGUAUGCGAGUUCUCCAACAUCAUGGGCUUGCGUCUAAACAAGCGCAAGACCGCGUCUGCUCACUCUGUUGACAAGUCGAAUCCGCGGUAUGCUGCAGUCGCACAGAGUACCCUUGAUCGUCUGCCCUCUGGUGAAGUCAAAUGGGGAUUUUUACAGUAUGAUCCCAGUGAGUGGAAGUGGGCGGCGAAUAAACGCGCCAUCGAGGAACACAUGAAGGAGCUGAGGUAUCAACUAAGCUCGCGGACCUCGGUCAUGGCGCACAUACAAGCUUAUAACGCAUACAUGGAAAGUUUUCUAGCCAACAACUUUGGCAGAGUUGUCAACGGGUUGGGGGACUUCCAUGCGAUAACGGUACUUGAGGCGCUGCAAUACGCACAGCAGUGCCUCUACGGUGGUGACGAGUCUUCUGCAGUUCAGGAUGCGUCAGAGACAGCCAACGUGGCGAAACAUGUAAGGAAGAUGAUUCAGGACCAGUUUGCUCUCCAGCGUCAGUAUGAUCUGCCCGACUGUUUCUUAUAUAUGGGCGUCGAGAGUGGUGGCUUGGGGUUGGCAAAUCCUGUGCCAGCUUUCGCCAAGUAUGUUGACAUUGUCAAAGAAGAGGAUACGGACGAUGAGUUCAUGCCACCCAUGGCAAAGCACUUUGAAGUCAUGAGACGUCAACUGUCGGAUGCGUACCGCGUUGAUAGUAGAUUAUUUGGGGAGAGGUUGCAUGCGGAGAGCGAGAAGAACAAACUUGGCAAACAACUAGUCGCGGUCCCAACAUUCGAGGGAAAGACUGAAAGCACCGAUAAAGCUAUGGGCGUGCCAACUUUCAUGUCAUUCAGCGACUACGUUUCCACCAGCGAGGAGCAUAGUUCCGCCUUGGGCGACUGGUAUAAGUCGAUGUUUGACCCGCCGAUUCUGAGGCUGGGUAGCACACAGCCCAGUACUAACGAAUGGGCAGCGGCAUACUUUGAGUCAGAACUGAAAGAAAAGUUUGGUGGAUCUAUUGCCGAGGAGGAGUUUUUGUCGCUGGGUUUGUAUCGCACACUGGCUGAGGAAAAGGUGCGGUGGCAGUCUUGA